AUGAUUCCGCUCCGCGGCCAAUACCCGUAUCCGGACGCCGGAUUGAGAUGUCCGACCUCACCCAGAUCCAGCAACCGACUCCCCAUCCUCCAGCCAAACUCCACAACUCUGCGAUACCCGGCGAAGCGGAUCGUUCCUGACUCGCCGCGACUGUGCUCGAAAGCGCAGACGCUGACGCGGUAUCGGAAGCCACCCGUUCCGAUCGAGCCCCUCGAGAGACGGAUAGGACCCGGGCAGAGGAAGUUCGAGAUCCGCCGGCGUGACCAGAAGUGCGCCGGCAACAUCCGCGAUGAUGCCCCUCGCCCAGUGGGCAACUGUCAUAACCCCGCGCUGUGCGCACCAGGACCACCGGGCUGGAAACACAAUAACACCUCGUCCAAUGCUGCAACCCUGGCAUCGCGACUGAGCUUGUCGGUCUCGAGGGGAGGAACCGUCAGAACGCUGUCGGGGCCUGCGGCGCGAGGUGAGUCUGCUAAUGAUCCUCGACAUGAUCGCGCAGACCGGGAACUAUUACUACCGUGGGUGAUUCAUCCAUCAGGAACUCCGAACUUCUGCUACUUCCAGUGGCGCCGGGAUUCCGGGCCGAUUCUGCAACGUAGCCAACCGCCUCAUCCCGGCGGGAUAGGCACGCUUGCCGGGCUACCAACGCGCGAGGGCCGCGACGACAUAGACGAAGCUGGGCGAAAGCUG